AUUAUUAGAAAUAUUUUCUAUAGAAAUAUACAAGAUUAUUAUUAUCCCAAAUUUUAAUCUUUAUAUUUUAUACUACUAUAAUCUUUACUAGCAUAAAGAUUGUGGUAGACUCCGGCGUUGUUCGUGUGUCAAAGUUGGAGACCGGACGCUUGAACGGUUACGUUUGCACUUUCAACGCUCUUCCUACCGUUUUAACCGCUUACGGAGAAAGGUAAUUUAAUACCUUCUGAAAGCAUGGAAGUUGAAGGUAGAAAAAAAAAUCAUGGAAAAAAGGAAACAAGCUGAUUUUGCUUUGGAAGAGCACAGUGCUGAACUUUGCACACCUGUAGCUCCAUCAACUUCCAGAGUUCUUAGGAAAAGUCCAUGUCUUUUAUGUUUAGAACAGUCACCCACUGCCCUUGUUCCCGAUACAAUCAUUAAUAGGCCAAAACGAGAUGUUGCGACUAUUUUAAUAAGUAUAGUUGAUGACAAAGAUUAUAAGACUCGUAUGUCUCCGAACGGCCUUUUUAACCUUUUGCAGAGGUUAAAUAGUGAGCAAAAAAAAGCUGUUGAAGAGUUGGGUUUUCAUUCCCUUUUUAGUCUUGAGGCGUCAGUUCUACCGGUAAAGCUUUCAAAAUGGCUUGUUCAAAACUUUGACCGAGAUAGCUGUUCACUUAAUCUUUUAAAUGAGCGGGUUAGAAUCAUAGAAAAGGAUGUCCAUCUAACCCUUGGCCUCCCGACCGGACCAUUUGAUGUGCUAGAAGCACAAUACAAGCCAACAGACCCUGAGCAUUAUAAGACUUUGGUCCUUAAGUGGAGAGAUAAGUGGGGUUUAAAGAGGGAUUUUCCACGUACCAAUGCUAUGCCCGAUAGAAUUUUAGGAAUGGCGGGGUCAAGUGAAGGCUUUAAGCUCAAUUUUAUGGUUUUCUUCAUCUCUACCUGCAUAUCUGGAACACGAAUACAUUUGCAAAUUCAAGGGUGUUGCGCUCCUUAGUCGAUUUCAGUAACAUGAAUAAAUUAAACUGGUGCAAGUAUACCUUGACGAGUUUAAUUAAUUCUACCAUUCAAUGGAAGCAAAAGUCGAAUCCUUAUUUUACUGGGCUGUUUUGUUCUUAAUGAUGUUUUAUGUUGAUAGGGUUGUCUUCUGGAUGAGAGUAGUGCCUAGAACUUUUCCAACUAUGCUAGGUUGGACUUCCCAGAAGCUUAAGGAAAGAGAAGGAUUGGAGCGGGAAUCAGGUGGUUUUGGCUGUGGUAGCAUGGACCCACAAAUCAAUAAAGAGUUGUUUUCAAAUGAAAACCUGUCUCUUGAAGAUCCUCCUGGUAAAACAUCACCAUCACAGAACAACGUUUUAGAUGAGGCACGGACUGCUACAAAAGAGUUGGUGCAAAAAAUAUCAAAGUGGGACACCAUCUGUAGAGGCUUGAAUAGUGAGUUCCCAAAUUCAAAUGCCGUCAAGAGAAUGCAACAAACUGCUGCAGAAGUGAUUGUUGCUGUUGGUAAAAGUCCAAGAAUAUCAGGUACUCCGAUUUUGGAAACAAAUGCGAAACUGCAAUUCGAAGUAGUCCACGAGAGCCCUUCUUUCUUGGCUUAAAUAUCUCGACUUGAAAUGGAAUUUUUCUCGGUGAAGCAUAACCUUGAGACCAACAGCAAAGACUUGUCUAUGCCAUCAUUUAGCUUAGGGCUUACACCAGAGGAAAAGGAAAUUCAAAAUGCAGAGAUUCAACAUGAAGAGAUUCAGCAUGAGGAGAUUCAAACUAAGAAUGGAGAUGGCGCAGCCCAAACAUGCAAUCUCACAGAAUUGGGAGAUGAUGUACAGAGUCAUCCCCAAAUUGAACCUUUCCCAGAGAGUGUAGUUCAAGGGCAACAAGAAGAAACUUAUCUUUUUCAGCCAACCCCACCAUAUACUCACUUUACUAGUCAAGAAAUUGCAUCCGGUCCUAGCCCUGUUCGAAGUCCUGUAUUAAUUAAAAGACGAUUUCAGCCCCAAAGGAAGAAAGAAUUUGCACGCGCCUUAUGUUCUCCUUUUUGGAUAAGAAACAUGCAAGCACUCUCACGGUCGAGCCGUGCCAAGAAGGUUCUCACAGACUACGUAUUCAACAAAUCUCUUGAACUUGGGGAAGUUUUGUACAAAGACAUGUUUUGUGAAAUGAAGCGAAGCGAUUUAAUAUCCUUUUCCGAAGGGUGUGUCUCGUCUCUUAUUUUACAGAUUUGGUGUCGAUUCUUGAAUGCCGAGGAAAAGCAUCGAAGCAAGUCAGAUGUCUAUCGAAUUUUCCUUAGCGCGAAUCCUUUUGCUGAGUUUGGAAAGUUUGUGAAAACGUUUAUGAAGUCGCUGACAGAGAAUUAGUAGAACAACAGUUUUAUAGCAGCAUUGAUAUGAGUACUGCAGAUUUGGUAUUCUUCUUGGUUGCUCAUGAAAGAGACAAGGAUGAUGUUUAUAUAGUGUGUUUUAACAUGAAAAAGGAGAAGAUAACCAUCCUUGAUUUGAUUGAAGAUAAAAGUAAGAUGUAUGAUACAUGUGUUGAAUGUUUGAAAAAGGGAAUGUGUCAGUAUUUCAAUGAAAAAAAUCUUGAGCAAAAAUCAAGUAAAAUUUUCAAAUUUCCUUUUGAAAUAACAAAGAAGGUAUGUUAUGGGAACAUGGAAGGUAUGUGUGUGGGUGUCAUAGCCAUGAGGCAAUUGGAAACUUUCAAGGGGAAUUUGAAUACGUGGAAGAUGGAUUUGAACAAAAAUGAUACUCCCUAAUAUGGUCGUUGAAACAGACAGUUUGGAGCUCCUUAUGAAUUUAAGAGGCACCCCGACGUCAAACGCUCUUCUUUUCAUCAAGGAAAAGAUCGAAAUCCUCAAUCUACGUACCUCCCACACUCUCAGGGAAGCUAAUGGCGCAGCUGAUCUACUUGCAAAACAUGGAGCACGACAUUCCCAUGUUAUUACCUUUGAUCAUUUAGAUGCUCUCCCUAGAACUAUUUCCUAUGUAAUUGCUUUAGAUAAUCUUGUACCCUUUAUUAAAAUUCAAUAAAAAUUACCCCAUAUA